AUGACUGGGGGCUGGUGGCGAUGCGUCCGCGCCGACUCGGGCGAUGUCGUUGCUCCAAGCCCACGCGGUCUCACGCCCUCGCAGAUCAGCCUCUUUGUGGACGUGUUUGGCGCCGCCCUGGACAUUGACGACGACGACGCUUACGACGUGAUCGAGUUUAGCGUCCGGGCCGUUGCCGACGCUAUGGCCGCGCUUCUGCCCGCCUCGUUCUGGCCCGCCAUGCAUCGACGAGACGAGGGACUUCCGGCCAAAAUGCGCCACCAACUGAAGCUUCGCCUUGCCUCGUGUGUGUCUACAAAGCUGCCGUUCUUGGACACGACCGCAGAGCGCGUGCUCAUAGAAGCCCUGGCGCUUGCGUGGACCGACGCGGCGGCACCCGAGCGCAGCAUCGACAGUGUUUUGUCGUCCGGUGGCGCCACGACCCAUACUCUCUCCGUGCUCAUUCGAGCGGCGCUGGGUCUCCUGGACGAGCGCGAGUUGCUUCAGCGCAUUGAGUUUUCGCUCAUGGUGCGUGUUGUCAACUUUAGCAUUCCGAUCCCGUUCUCGGCCGGCCUCGCGCCAACGUUAGUGGAAGAUUUGCUCGCUGUCACCGAGGCAGCGAUCGACGCGUCGCUCGAAACCUAUUUGAGAGAGAUGCCGCCAGCGUCAGCGUUCAUUGGCCUCCUCGAAGAGAACCUCGUGACCCGCAUCCUCGCCCACAGCGCCCACCGCCCCGCCCUUGUGGCGUCGCCGCCCAACGACUCGCUUCCGAUGCGCAUCGAGCGCGCGCUUCUCUCGGCGGUCGUGACUACCUACUUUCGGCACGGCGCCGACCCGCGAAAAGUCGAGUCGAUUCUCGCGCUGUACGUCGCCCACAGCGCCGCGCGCUAUCGACGACGCGCGAGCAGUACAAGUCAACUUGUCGCGUAA